AAGGUCCUGUUCGCCACGGAUGAAUGGUUUGCGGCGGCGGAUAACCUGUUGAAGGACACGGACCCCGUGUUUGAUCCGGAAGCCUUUUGCGAGCAAGGCAAAGUCAUGGAUGGUUGGGAAACCCGCCGCCGCCGUGAAUCCGGCCACGAUUGGUCGGUCCUCAAGCUUGCCUCCCGCGGUAUCAUUCACGCCGUCGAGAUCGAUACCGCACACUUUACCGGUAACAACGUUCCGCAAAUCUCGAUUGAGAUCGCGGAUCUCUCCUGCACGGAAGAAAGCCGCAUGGCCUGCCAAGGCGUGCAGUGGAAGACUCUCCUCGACAAGACAGCUUUGCGUCCCGGCUACGAACCAACCCGUCUACACUACUUUAGUGUGGAUGCGGUGGAAGGGACUCACAUUCGCGUCAACUACUUCCCUGACGGAGGCGUUGCUCGCAUCCGUCUUUGGGGCCAACCCAUCGACGAGGUUGAAUUGCCGUCACGCAUGCCGUACAUUUUUCCGGAGAUCUCCGGACAGGAGCACGGAGGUGUUGGAUUUUCCUGCUCCAACAAGCACUACGGAGAUCCCUGGAACCUUAUCCAGCCCACUCUGGGCCGAGAUAUGGGUGAUGGCUGGGAAACCGCCCGUCAUCCGGAGCGCCCCGCUGUUCUCCAGCGCAACCCCGUCACCAAGCUCGUGGACAGUGACUUGAUGGACUACUGUGUUAUCAAGUUGGGUGCCAUUGCUGGCGACGGCAUUGCGCGCAUCAUUCUAGAUACGAAACACUUUCGCGGUAACUACCCCGAAUCUGUUCAAGUCCAAGGAUGCUGUGCUCCGGACGAUAAAGUCACGGAAAACGAGGCCACUUGGUUCACCUUGAUCCCCCGUGGUCGCAUGGCACCCGAUGCUGAGCACGUCUACGAAUGCGACAAAGGUCAGAUCGAAAAUGUCCACAAGGCUGUGACCCACAUCAAGGUCAGCAUCUACCCCGACGGCGGCUUGAGCCGUGUGCGUGUCUAC